GUUUUGAUAUCCAUCCGCAGCUUCUCAAACGCGCAAACUCCGCUCCUCAUGAAACGUAAGCGCGUGUUAAACUUAAAAACAACCCGCUAACUGACCUGAGAAGCUCAAAUAGGUAUUUCCUCCAGGAAAAGUGUGCGUCUGGACUCUCGAAAUGAAGGAUAAAGUUAAUUCGGAUGCAGAUUCUCGCCCUCAGAGUUGCUCGAACUGUUAUGAAGAGGACACAAACAGUCAGUUCGUCGUAGUGAAGCUUGAAGAUGAAGAUCCAGAGAUGGACAUCAGUAUUUUUGCUCCUGUCGAGUCCUCAGAUUUUGAGGAAGAGGAAGAUGAAGAAGAGCUUUCAGACUCAUCCGAAGACUCCACUGUGGGAAGAAAUAUUCAGGAGCGAGGUUUGGCUGAUGAUCAGGAUUCAGUGUCUCCUCCGAAACAGUCGCCCAGGAAGAGUUUGAAAGCGCAGAAUAAGAGCCGACAGACGUUUUUGGCUGAGCAGAGACUAAAGCUGGAGACAAAUCUGAACAGUGCUGCUGAUAGGGACAUGGACGUCCCUUCAGAGGAGCACACAUUUGGCCGAGCUGCGCCUCCGUCUGAUUCAGCCAGAGGUCCUGUGGAGAUUUCAGGGCUGGCCACCGCAAUCAGUCCUUUAGCUGCGAUGGAGCCUCCUGUAUUUCCAAAUGCUCCAGUACAGAGCACAUCUGCUGUCGGGGAGGAUCAGCAGAAUUUACUACUCGAGGUCCUGAACCACUGUCGGUUCCUGCAUGCAGCGGUGCAGAGGCUCGAGCAGAAGAUUGACAGACAGAUGUCCAGUGAGUCAUCCUCAGCAAGAGGAACAGCAAGGAGGAAGAAAGCUCCAAAGGCGUCUGCAACGGCUGAAGAAGAGCAUCUGUCCUGGGAUUUAGCGCAGCGUCUCGGCCCACCAGUGCACAGAAACUCCCGCUGGGAUCCUCCCUGGAAACGGGCAGCAGACGGGGCGGAAAACAGCAGCGGCAGAACGGGACGCGGCAGAGGCCGGGGCAGAGGACGUGGCCGGCGGGGACGAGGCGGCACCAGAACACACCAACACACUCCUGAAAACACUGCACUCGUAACAAAACCAGAUCAGAUGAGCACUGAUCACACACAGCCCUCUCCGAUAAUAAAGCAGGACUCGUGGGCUCACGCUGAGUUUGAGCAGCCGCAGAAGAGAAAGAAAAGCUCGGCUCAUGUGCACAGAGAGAAAGAGGAAUCUGAUCCAAAGCAUGAACAAGAGGACCGCAAAGCUUUCCCCCCCUCAGUGAUGAUUGGGAGCUCUCUGCGUAAGGUGUGGAUCCCGCAGUGUGUGUAUAAGGAGGUGUUUAAGGAGACGGAGCCCCAGAAAGCAGUCGCUCCUGUGCUUUACUCUAUUUUCCCCAUCAGCACACUGUCCUGCAGCGCCGUCACCGGAAACCCUGAGAAAGGCAUCCAGCAGCUCGACCCCAACAAGAUUGAGGCCCUUCGAGAGUUUCUGGCAGAGAUGUUCCCCCAGUUUGACGUCAGUGUGCGCGGUGUGGCGUGGGCUCAGUGUCUUGGGGUGAUCAAUAGCAUCACCAAAAACCUCAAGAAAACCGCUGGAAAAACAUGACCUCUGCCAAACAAGGUUGGCGACAGAAGAAAUGAGGGUCUGUGUGUGCUUUUAAUCCUGACAGCUUUAGUGACAUGUGUUAACUCUGACCUCAGACUUGAAGCGCAGACAACUGUUUUUUUACGUUUGUUUAUUGUUGUGUUCUGCUAAUCGCAACACAAUAAAAAAGAAAAGUUUGGCGUACAUAAUAUAUAUUAUUAACACUUCUUUUGUUCUUAAUAAAUCAAUAUAUUAUUUUGUUGUUUAAACAUCCUAAAUGCUGAUGUCUACUGCCUAACCAUUUUGCCUAAUAAAGAAUUCUUUGCUUUGA